GAUUCGCGUUGUCGACCGGAGGGCGAGCAGCCGGGAGUCCCCUCGUCGAGGGCUGGGAGAUCAGACGCCAUGGCCUCGCCCGUGCCUCUCCUCCUGUUGGUGCUCCUCUCUCUGUCGGGACUGGAGGCUGUCAAGCGUACUCCAAAGAUCCAAGUUUAUUCUCGCCACCCACCUGAGAAUGGAAAACCAAAUUUUUUGAAUUGCUAUGUGUCUGGAUUCCAUCCACCCCAGAUUGAAAUCGAAUUGCUGAAAAAUGGAGAGAAGAUGAAGUCAGAACAGUCAGACCUGUCCUUCAGCAAAGAUUGGUCUUUCUAUGUUCUGACUCAUGCUAACUUCACUCCCACUUUUGAAGAUGUAUUUGUUUGCAAAGUCACUCAUGAAACUCUCCCUGAGCCCAAGAUUGUUAAGUGGGAUCGUGACAACUAACCUGAAUCAAGGAGGCUUGAUUUGAAGAUGCUUCAUUUGAACGAAUUAAUUUUAAAUUCUUCUUUCUACUAUUGUUAUAAAUGCUUUUAUGCUUUAUUUCUGCCAGUCAAGAAAUUAUAUGACGGUUAAAACAAAUAUCACCUCCUUGAUAGUUUUGCUUUGAGCUCUAUUCCUCCAUGUUUUACCUGUCUGCAGGUAGAUCACUUGAUGGAAUGAAAAGCAGUGUGGCUUUGUGACUGCCUAAGUAAUGCUCUGGAUUCGAUACCUGACACUGGAGGAAAUAAUUACUUUAAAAAGAUAGUUAAUCUAUGCUUUGAAUAAAUUUCCAAUUUGUAUGCAUUGCUAAGAAUCUCAAUGUGAAAUUCUGGAAAGAUUAAGUAAUAAAAUUUGUUGUGGAAAAAACUA